AUGGCAGAUAAGAAAUACAAUGUUGGAGUAAUUGGCUACGGCUUGUCAGCCAAAGUCUUCCAUAUUCCGCUCAUUCUUGUAACUCCAUCCUUCACUCUUCACUCAAUUGUUCAACGAACACCUAAACCAAACGACAAUGCUGCCCAAGAUCAUCCAGAAGCCAAAAUCUACAACUCCGCAGAUGCUAUGUUUGCAGAUUCGGAAAUCGAUAUCAUUGUCAUAUCAACAACCCCUGAGACACAUUUCCCUUUCACAAAAGCCGCUUUGCAAGCUGGUAAACAUGUUAUGGUAGAGAAACCAUUCGUUCCCACAUCCGCGGAAGCUUCAGAGCUUAUUUCUAUAUCCAAAGAAACUGGAAAGUUCAUUUGCGUGUACCAGAAUAGAAGAUGGGACUCUGAUUUCUUGACCGUCAAAAAAUUGAUGGCAGAUGGUGUAUUGGGAAGAGUGGUCGAAUUUGAGACACACUUCGAUAGAUUCAAGGGCGAGAAACCCGCGACCUGGAAGGGCACAUUGACCAUGGAGGAUGCUGGCGGUGUUAUAUAUGAUCUAGGAACACAUUUGGUUGAUCAAGCAUUUUGCUUGUUUGGCCAACCGAAGACAGUAACAGCAAUCUUUACGAACCAAAGAGCUGAUGGCUCGGCAGAACCAGACAGUAUUACCGUAAUGCUGAAUUAUGGCGAGAAGGGGCCACUAGUAACCGCAAAAGCUGGGGUUCUGUGCGUGGAAGAAGAGCAAUUACGAUACUGGGUUCGAGGAUCACAAGGUAGCUUCAAGAAGUAUCACCUUGACAUUCAAGAAGACCAAUUGAAGGCCGGUCUUAAGCCGGGUGAUGCCGAUUUUGGUAUUGAAUUAGAAGAUAGGUCUGGAAGAUUAGUAGUAUUCGAGGAUGGAAAACCUAAGGGCAGCACUUACAAGAACGUGACUCCGCAAACCUAUGCUGCUCUCUACCAAGGCUUUGCCGAUGCUAUAACUCGUGGCAGCGAAGAUGCUAUUCCAGUGAAGGCAAUCGAAGCUAGAGAUGUUUUGAAGAUUAUUGAGGCAGCCAGGGAAAGUGCUAAGAGUGGAAAAACAGUCACACUAUAG